AAUGAUAUUAACAGUUUAAAGUAUUAAGUUGUGGAAAAACUAUCGAGUCUAAAAAAUUACGUAUGGUAAUUUUUUCUGACCGACCAAGUUAACGUCAUUAUAUUUUUAUAAUCAAACGAAUUAACAAGUUCAUUGAGUAAAAAAAUGGGACAAAUUACUGAAGGCAGAGCUUUGACGUGGGAAGAAACUAAACAUGUUAUGGAAUACAUAAGACAUCAUGGGAUAUUACAAUUUUUGAAUUUAUACAAAAAGCAUAAGAACAGGAGAGACGAUGACUUCAAGUGGGGAGAUGAGAUUGAGUACUCGAUUGUAAAGUUUGAUGAUGAGGAAAAAACAGCCAAGGCAUUCUUUGACUCGCAUAAUUUGAUGCCGAAGCUCAAUAGAAAAGAACUCGAAGAUCCUCAGAAGGCAGAGUGUCUUUGGAGACUAGAGUACAGUUCGUAUCAGAUCGAGUCAACGCCUGGAAAACCUUACGGUGGAUCAUUGGAGGAGUUUAAUAAAGUGGAGUCGAAUAUGCUGAGACGAAGAGUUGAAGCGAGGGAAUUUUUGAAGCCUGAUGAAAGUCUUUUGACGAUUACUGUAUUUCCGAGAUUGGGGUGUAGUAAUUUUUGUUAUCCGGCUGCGAAACCGACACCGAGGAAAGGAAUUAAUACCAGUUUGUUUCUUCCCGAUGAAGCUAUAUGUCAGGGUCAUGACAGGUGGCAAGCUAUAACGAGAAAUGUGAGAUCGCGUCGAGAAGGAAGAUUUUCAAUUAAUAUGCCGAUUUAUAGGGACAAAAAGGUAGUGAAACCGUUUAGAGAGGACUUGGCGGCUUUAGGUGAUGAUGGACAAAGUCAGAAGGAAGCUACAGAUGAUCACGUCUAUAUGGAUGCAACGGGAUUCGGAAUGGGAAGUUGUUGUUUGCAAGUGACGAUGCUUGGGCAAAAUAUCACACAAGCGAGGGAAUUGUAUGAUCAACUGACAGCAUUUUGUCCGGUUAUGAUCGCUUUGACAGCAGCAGCUCCUGCGUUCCGUGGGUACCUUACGGAAGUUGAUAACAGAUAUAUAGCUAUUAGAGACUCGAUAGAUGACAGAACACCAGGAGAACGUGGGGUUGGACCUCUGAAGGAGGGCGAAAUUCUUCAGAGAAGCGGGAGGAAUGGAGCAGUUGAGUGGUAUCUUAGCGAAGAAGGUCAGAGGUACAACGAUCUUCCACUGGAGUAUGAUAGAAAGUGGCUGAAUUUACUGAUGGAUAAUGGGGUUGACAAAAUUCUUGCUCAACAUAUUGCUCACCUGUUUACGCGAGACUGCGUAUGCAUUCUGAGUAGUCAGGUUUAUAUAGAUGAUGAAAAACGAUCGGAUUGUUUUGAAAGUAUUCAAGGGACAACCUGGAGAUCGAUGAGAUUCAAACCGCCACCGGCUGAUUCGGAUAUCGGCUGGCGAGUUGAGUUCCGGCCAAUGGAUAUUCAAAUUACAGACUUUGAGAAUGCCGCGGCAGUCUGUUUUAUCAUUUUACUGGCAAAGGUUAUCGUCCACUUCAAUUUGAAUACUUUAAUACCACUGAGUAAAGUUGAAGAAAAUACGAUGAGAGCGCAGAAACGUGACGCCGUAAACAAGGAAAAAUUGUGGUUCCGCAAAGACAUCAUGUCCCAUGCAACAGACCAACCGAUUGAUCAAGAGUACGGGGAAUUCUCACUAAAUGAAAUAAUAAAUGGAAAGCAAGGCCACUUUAUCGGUAUCAUACCCCUGAUAAAUUCUUACAUUGACAGCUGUAAUGUUGACACCGAAACUCGCAGUACAAUCCAACGAUUUUUGGAUCUCUUUGGCGGACGUGCCUCCGGUAAACUUUUAACCGACGCCGCUUGGAUGCGGAAACAAAUAAUCAAUCACCCGGACUACAAAGAAGACGCAGUAGUUUCCGAGCGUAUCAAUUACGAUCUGCUGAAGUCGAUCGAUCUAAUUGCUCAUGGUCAUCAACCAUGUCCAGAUUUAUUUGGCUCUCACUUACUCCCGAAAAUACCUUAAAUAAAUAUCAAAUAA